UAGAUCACGUUUAACAACCUCUACUAUGUCCUUAUUUGUUGAUGGCAGAUUCGUGGAGGUGUCGAAAUGCAAUUAUCUUCUUCAACCUGCUCCAAACAGGACAAUUCGAACUUACAUCGGAACACCAAAAGACAUUGCGAGAAAAGCUGGCACUGGCAAAGCAAAACUUGCUUGGGAUUUGGGUCCGUGUUAUUUUUUUGAAGAUGAACUAGACGGAGAUAUAAUCGGGGUGUAUUAUCAUCUCGGUCCUCGUUACUCUUCCAAUUUCCAAGAUUCUCUUGGUCAAUUUCAAACCUAUCAAACGUCCACGUUACUCAACAUGAGACUUGAAGCGUUGAGUCGUCAUAGAAAGGAUUCGAAUAUUGAGCUCGACAACUUGGCUAUGGUAAAUGCAAUCCGCGGAAACAACAGUCAAACAUUGCCUGAAGAUAAAAUAAUUUUUGCUUUUAAUGCGAGUAAUGUCCUUGUCUGCGGAAAAAAUGCCAACAUCCUUGGAGCCGGACUUUCUGAAGGUACAUCGCAAGCAUUAGCACUUGAAACUGCCAACACAAAGGUGAUCUUGAACGCAGCAGUGCCGAAAGUCGAACGUGCAUUGAGAGUACCUCAUGGACUUGCCUAUUUGAUGGGUGACCCAGUGACUGCUGUUCCGUACGGUAUGGAUGAUUCAAUUUGGAAGAUUGGCGGUUCAGCGGUAGUCCUGAGAUUAAUUGAAAGGGCGGAGACAUCAACAGAUCUGUGUAAAACAGUAUGUACACUCAUUGAACUCAUCCGUUUUAGCUGGCGAAAUUCCGAAGAUAUGGAAAGGAUUCACGGAUACGAGAUAUUGGCAUAUCUAUUAAAGCAAAAGCACGGUCUUUUAACCAUGGAAAUUUUAAAUCUACUACUUGCCUUUGUAGGACUCAAUUCAACUAGCCCAAACGAUUCGGUUAUUAUAAAUCCUCUCGCAUAUAGGUUUCUAAUAUUGGAUUUCGACUUGUGGAAACAUUCUGAUGAAGCAGUACAAAGGGCACAUCUCCAACAGUUUGCAACCUUUAUUCAAUUUAGCAAUCACCAUCAUUUCAAUGCAAAACGCCUAAGCAAAAUGCAUGUCGUAAAGAAGAUGUUGGUGGCUUUGAAGACGAACGUUUAUCCUAAGGGUUUGCUUACUGAAUUUGUAGCAACCCUCAAAAUAGUAGUGAAGUAUAAUUUUACGACUGAAGUCAUAAGAUCAAUAGCCACUUUCUUGGUUUCUACAUUAAAUAAGCCAUCUCUUAACCGUCGUGUAACUCGUAAGGAUUCACCAUUUAAAAAUAGCGUAGACAUGAAUUUUACUAAUGAAGAUAGUGGGAAAUCGACGCAAAGCAUAAUAACUGAUGUUAGGAGUCUUUCUGUUGAAACGAUGGCGAAACAAGUUGGCGUCAUGGUCAUGGAAAUGCUAACCGAAAUAGUUUGCGAUAAACUAAACCCUUUUUACGUCAACAAAUUCGCGACCACAAUUACAAACAAGUGGCCGCUGCUUUUUUUCAGUAAAGAUUCAAAUCCCUUAUGGGUAGUUUGCGCGGCCAGAAUUUUAUCCAGACUUUUUCAUUCCCAAGGUGCCAAUUGCAUAAACAAAUUUCGUGCAUCAUCUGAAGGAUUUAUAGUUAUGCAAAAAUUGCUUCCUCAAUGGUGGUACCUCUCACAACUGCAUCAAGUUUUAUUCACCAUGCUUUUCGGAAUAGACAUUUGCGAU